AUGCCGGGAACCCCCUUCCACAUUGACGGUCCCUGCGUCUCGGUCCCGCGCUGGGACUUCACCGCUGGCUGGCCAGGUCCCUCUAAUACCGACUGUUACGGGUUUGCAGGGAGCAGAAGUGUGAGGCAGUGGGAACUUGUGGUGGUGGCAGGGUUAAAGUGGGACCUGGCUUCUGUGUUACCCUCUGACUUCCCGGAGCCAAUUCUUCAUGGCAUACCCAUAAUCCCUCACAACCUCCAUGCCUUGCGCAGGCAUGUCCACUCCUACAUUGCACUGGCAGCCACAGAGUAUAAGUUCUCUGUGUUCCUGCCCUCCACUAUUGCCUAUGCCAGUGUGGGCACUGCCAUUCAUAGACUGAAGCUCCUGGAUGGAGCUCUAUCCAAUGAUUCACUCAUGCAGCUGCUAGAAAACAUCUUGGCCUUUGAUCUGGAAUCUCUCUGCUGCUGCUCUGACCAGUUGGAGGGUGUGCUGGAGCUCAGCCUGCCCCCCUCCCCCAGGCACCAGGGGCUUGUCGUUCAGGGAUGCCCGUCCCAGAGAUCAGCUAGAUCGCCACUGACAUCCAAGACCUACUGGGAUAGAGAUGACACCAAGCAGACAAUCACUUUAAUGGGUCUUUCCUAACAAUGACUGGGGCUUAGUUUACCAUAGUGACCAUAAUGAGAAAGGUGUCUUAACUACCCCUUACGACAAUUUUUGGCAGAGAAGUACUCACUAAAACAAUGUAUGUGAUAUGAAGAAACAUGUCUUAAGAUGAAUUGUGAUCUUUUUGAUAAGAUGUCCAUGUUUCUUUCUGUUGACAUUUGUUUGAGUUCUUUAUUUCAUUGCUAUUCUCUUGGUGUUUUAAGGACAUUUUAAAACGUUGAAGUUAAUGUUGUUAGCUUCAGGGAAGCUCUCUGAAGAGUUACCACAGAGGGGUAUC